AUGGCGCUGUUCUACGUCGCGCGGUACCCGGGCCCCGAUGCUGCAGCUGCGACAGGGCCGGAGGGCGCGGAGGCCGGGACGCACGGCAGGGCCCGCGCGCUGCUCGAGCGGCUGCAGAGCCGGGCCCGCGAACGGCAGCAGCAGAGGGAGCCCGCGCCGACCGAGGCGGCUGCACCGAUCGAGCCGGCGACCAGGCGGCGACGGCGGCCCCGGCGGCGGCGGCGGGUGAACGACGCGGAGCCGGGGAGCCCGGAGGCGCGGCAGGGAAAGCGACGGAAGGCGGACGGCAGGGACGCGGGCGCAGGUGGGCCGCGGGGCAAGCGGGCUCCCUCCGGGGCGCCGGCAACUCGCGACGAGGAGGCGCCGGGGGAGCCCAGCGCAGGGAGCAGCGAGGAGGCGCCGGGGGAGCGCAGCGCCAGCGCCGAGGCGGCCCCAGAUGGACGGACCCUGGAGGAGGCGGCUGGACCCCUGGUCCCCGGCCUGGUGCUGGGGGGGUUCGGGAGGAAGAAGGCGCCGAAGGUACAGCCUUUCCUGCCAAGGUGGCUGGCUGAGCCUAGCUGUGUCAGAAAGAACGUCACUGAAGACCUGGUUCCUAUCGAGGACAUCCCUGAGGUCCAUCCUGACCUGCAGAAGCAGCUGCGGGCACACGGCAUCUCGUCCUACUUUCCAGUCCAGGCAGCUGUGAUUCCCGCCCUCCUGGAGAGCGCGGCCUGUGGGUUUCUGGUGGGCAGAGGCGGCUACCGGCCUAGCGACCUCUGUGUUUCUGCCCCGACAGGCAGUGGGAAGACACUGGCCUUCGUCAUCCCUGUGGUGCAGGCCCUGCUGUCGAGAGUGGUCUGCCACAUCCGUGCCCUGGUCGUGCUGCCGACCAAGGAGCUGGCCCAGCAGGUGAGCAAAGUUUUCAACAUCUACACAGAUGCCACACCUCUGAGAGUCUCCCUGGUUACGGGACAGAAGUCUCUGGCCAAGGAGCAGGAGAGCCUCGUCCAGAAAACAGCUGAUGGGUACCGCUGCUUGGCUGACAUCGUGGUAGCCACCCCCGGCCGCCUGGUGGAUCACAUCGACCAGACCCCAGGAUUCAGCCUCCAGCAGCUCCGCUUCUUGGUCAUCGACGAGGCUGACCGGAUGAUUGACAGCAUGCAUCAGUCCUGGCUGCCGCGGGUGGUGGCAGCUGCCUUCCAGAGCGAGGACUCCGCGGACCCCUGUGCCCUGUUCCAGCGAAGGCAGGCCCAGGCUGUGACAGCCGCCAGCACCUGCUGUCCCCAGAUGCCCCUGCAGAAGCUGCUCUUCUCAGCUACUCUGACCCAGAACCCCGAAAAGCUGCAGCAGCUGGGCCUCCACCAGCCCCGGCUUUUCUCCACAGGGCUAGCACACAGGGGCCUGGAAGAUACAGAUGGGGACGGGGACUCAGGGAAGUAUGCCUUCCCUGUUGGGCUCACGCACCACUACGUGCCCUGCAGCCUCAGCUCUAAGCCGCUGGUUGUCCUGCACCUGGUCCUGGAGAUGGGCUUCUCGAGGGUUCUCUGCUUCACUAACUCCCGAGAGAACUCCCACAGGUUCUUCCUGCUGGUGCAGGCUUUUGGGGGCGUGGACGUGGCUGAGUUCUCCUCGCGCUACGGGCCUGGCCAGAGGAGGAUGAUCCUGAAGCAGUUUGAACAGGGGAAGAUCCAGCUGCUCAUCAGCACAGACGCCACCGCCCGAGGCAUCGAUGUGCAGGGUGUGGAGCUGGUGGUGAACUACGAUGCCCCCCAGUACCUGAGAACCUAUGUGCACCGAGUUGGGAGGACAGCCCGCGCUGGGAAAACUGGACAGGCCUUCACGCUGCUCCUGAAAGUGCAGGAGAGGAGAUUCCUCCGGAUGCUGACUGAAGCUGGGGCGCCUGAGUUGCAGCGGCACGAGUUCUCCACCAAGCUGCUGCAGCCGCUGGUUCCUCGGUAUGAGGAGGCCCUGUCCCAGCUGGAGGAGUCCGUCAAGGAAGAGCGCAAGCAGAAGGCGGCCUAGGCUGGGGCUCAGAGGGCCGGAGGGACUGAACGCUCACCACCCUGACCCUCCUUCCAGACCAGUGCUGAUCACUGGAUGCUGUAUGUGAGGAAAGGAAUCCCCCAGUGGACACAGCCUUCCUCCCCAAGCACGUGGUCUCUGCGCCAGGCAGCCCGGGCGUCAGAGCUCAAGCACCCACCCAGAUGGGAGACUUUAAGGCCUGUCACUUUCACAGUGUGAACGUCAGGAUGGCCGCUGGCAAUGAAGCCUUAGUAAAACGGUGAAGAGUACUCCCAAACAGAUGCGGGCACCUGUCAUGCUUUUGGCUGAGAGUUGGGGGGAUUAACCUUGAGCUAAUGUUAAAAAUCAAGCUCUUGGCCAGGCGCAGUGGCUCACGCCUGUAAUUCCAACACUUUGGGAGGCUGAGGCGGGCGGAUCACCUGAGGUCAGGAGUUCGAGACCAGCCUGACCAACAUAGAGAAACCCUGUCUUUACUAAAAAUACAAAAUUAGCCAGGCAUGGUGGCGCAUGCCUGUAAUCCAGCUACUUGAGAGGCUGAGGCAGGAAAAUGGCUUGAACCUGGGAGGUGGAGGUUGUGGUGAGCUGAGAUUGCACCAUUGCACUCCAGCCUGAGCACCAAGAGCAAAACUCUGUCUCAAAAAAAAAAAAUGGCCAGGCGCAGUGGCUCACGCCUGUAAUCCCAGCACUUUGCAAGGCCGAGGCAGGUGGAUCACGAGGUCAGGAGAUCGAGACCAUCCUUGCUAACACGGUGAAACCCCAUCUCUACUAAAAAUACAAAAAAAAAAAAAAAUUAGCCAGGCGUGGCAGCGUGUGCCUGUAGUCCCAGCUACUCUGGAGGCUGAGGCAGGAGAAUGGCGUGAAUCCGGGAGGUGGAGUUUGCAGUAAGCCGAGACUGCGCCACUGCACUCCAGCCUGGAUGACAGAGUGAGACUCCGUCAAAAAACAAAAAAAAAAAGCUCUCCUCCCCAGAUUGGUGAACCUUGUGAUUGUUCAGUGCACACCUCACAUAUUGCUGGUGGGAGGGUCACGUGGAAACAGCUGGGCAAAGCCUUGGGGCAUUAAAUGCAGAGUCACUUAUGACCCAGCACUUCCUCUCCUACGCACCUUGUACACCCCAGAUCAGUGAAACCUACAUCCACACAGAAACGUGUACACAAAUCUCUCAGUAGCGCUGUUCACAGUAGCCAAAAACUAGAAACUAACCACAUGUCCAUCAGCUGAUGAAUGGAGAAUAAAACGUGGGAAAUCCACACCAGGAGAGAAAAAGGAGCGAGGCACCAGCACAGGCACCAGGUGGAUGAACCUGGAACCCGAUGCUAAGUGAAGGAAGGCUCCGGAACCCGAUGCUAAGUGAAGGAAGGCUCCGGAACCUGACGCUAAGUGAAGGAAGGCUCCAGAACCCGACGCUAAGUGAAGGAAGGCUCCGGCUAUAGGGAGUGUCCCAGGCACAGCCAGAGAUUGAAGGGCACUGGGGCCGGGAGUUGGGGGGGUUGGGGGCUGGGGCUGGGGAAACAGUGGCCAGUGUGUGGGGUUUGUUUUGGGGAUGAUGAAAAUGUUCUUAGAUCGUAUGUGGUGAUGGCUGCUCACCUCUGUAAACCUUUUACUAAAAACCAUGGACUGGGUGGAUACGGUGUGUGAAUUCUCUCAGUCCAGUGCUUUGUUGGAAUAAGGUGGACAAUGCCACCAUCACUAACCGCCAGAGAGACGCAGGCCAUGGCCACACCCGGCUCACUGGAGUUGUGAGGGAAACACCAGCCCACCCCCCUCAAUUCAGACCUCAGCUUAGAUGCAAAGAACGUCUAGGACGGGGACUGACAGCUGAUUAGAGAUGCAACCACUGAACCUGUGGACUGUGUCAAACAAAUGCCAGCAGAACGCAAAGGCGACUGUUAGAGGAAGCAGAAAGAAAGGAUUUAGGUAGACGGGGUAAAGCCAGUCCCCAGCAGGAAACUUGCCUUUCAACAAACAGCAGCUCAAAAUAGCUCCCUUUCUAAUCUCUGAGUUCAAAAUCACUUCUCACAACAAGCAGCCAGAAAGAGCAGACCGUAAAUCACAGAUGAGACAGCUCAGGCACAGAAGGAGUGCGGGGGGAAUCUCCUGGGUAAUCACCAAACUUCACACUUCCACAAUGGGCCGCAAUAAACAGUGGACCCUAAUAAGCACAUUCCUUUCCCCUUAGGCGCACUAAGAUGAUAGGGAAGCUAAAAGCAGACUGCGAGGGGUGCCUGUAACCCCAAGAUGAUGUCUGGGAACAGACCCAGAGACCCUCCCAGAAAAGCGUCACAGAGCAACACAGACUAAGAGUCUGAUAGAAAGUCUCUAUUAUACAAAUAGCACACCCGGUCCCAGCUAAAUCCUUGGGCCCCGGGAGGACAGGACAUCCCUCCUCUAGCCCCUUGUCACUAGCCCAUUUAUAAAAACCUUGACAGGCCGGGUGCGGUCUGUAAUCCCAGCACUUUGGGAAGCCAAGGUGGGCAGAUCACCUGAGGUCAGGAGAUCGAGACCAUCCUGGCCAACAUGGUGAAACCCCAUCUCUACUAAAAAUACACAACUUAGCUGAGCAUGGUGGCACGUGCCUGUAGUCCCAGCUACUCAGGAGGCUGAGGCAGGAGAAUCACUUGCCUGGGAGAUGGAGGUUGCAGUGGGCCAAGAUCACCCCACUGCACUCCAGCCUGGCGACAGAAAAAAAAGAAAAAAGAAACCUUGACAUCUUUACUACAACUUGGCAACCUGCUCAGGCCCCCUCUGCGACGGAGAGCUGUUAUUUCCUUUUGCUUAUUAAACUUCUGCUCCAAACUCA